AUGAGGCAGAAGUGCACUUCACUUCAGAGCCUCCUUCAUUCGCUCACACGUCACCUGAGGAACGCUGAGCUGCACACCUGCGCUGCUUGCUUGUGGCAAGAGGCUUUGCUGCCAAAGUCAGGUAAUAAAGUCUCUAUGGAAGGAGUGGCAGUCAUGGCUCAUACGUUGAGCUGGUCUCUGUUGUGUUUUGGUUUGCUGAGUGUUUGGGCUCAAGAUUUCUAUGAGGAAAAAACCAGGCCAACAAGAGUUAAGACCAGGGGACAGACGGCAGCUAUUUUGCAAAGAAAUGACGGUCAAGCCAUCUUGGAUGAGGACUGCAGUCUGGAGUUGGCCUUCCUGCUGGACAGCUCUGAGACGGCCAAGGACAACCACAAGCAGGAGAAACAGUUCACUAUGGACAUUAUAGAAGGCCUCCAGAGCAUCCGCUUGGAUACAGAUCGCAAACUCAGCUGGAGAGCGGCCCUGCUUCAGUACAGCAGCCACGUCAUUAUCGAGCAGACCCUCAAACAGUGGAAAGGCUCGCAGAACUUCAAGAGCAGCAUCGCACCGAUGGCCUACAUCGGCCACGGCACUUUCACCACCUACGCCAUCACCAACAUGACCAAGAUAUUUGUGGAAGAAUCGAGCCCAGAAAGCAUCAAGAUUGCCCUGCUCCUCACAGAUGGGUCUUUUCAUCCCAGAAACCCUGAUAUCUUCUCUGCUAUGGCUGACGCAAAGAACCAGGGCGUGAAAGUCUUCACGAUUGGCAUCACCCGUAGCGCCAAUGAACCUGCCAACACAGCAAACCUGAGACUGCUGGCCAGUACACCGGCCACCAAAUUCCUCUAUAAUCUACAGGACACGAACGUCAUGGAAAAAGUCAUAAUUCAGAUUGCUCAGCUGGCAAACGAUGGGUGUCCUCUGUCCCCAAAGUGUGCUUGCGAGAAGGGCGAGAGAGGACUCAGUGGCCCGGCUGGAAAGAAGGGUCGUCCAGGUGAGGACGGAGCCGCUGGGGCUAAAGGUCAAAAGGGUGCAGCUGGUUUGAGUGGACUUCCUGGUCGUGAGGGUACAGAGGGUUUACCAGGACCACAGGGUGACAUCGGACCAGAAGGCCCACAGGGAAAGAAGGGUGAGCGUGGCCCUGCUGGCCCACCUGGAAUUCAGGGCGACAGUGGAAUUGGACUUCCUGGACCAAAGGGUGAGCGUGGCCCUGCUGGCCCACCUGGAAUUCAGGGCGACAGUGGAAUUGGACUUCCUGGACCAAAGGGCGAUAUGGGAUUUCAGGGGAGACCAGGUCCUUCGGGUCCACCUGGCAUAGGCGAGCCAGGCCUGUCUGGGCCUCAAGGGCCACAGGGGGUUCAAGGGGAGAAAGGACCACUAGGAGAGGGUUUUCCAGGUCCAAAGGGGGACCGUGGUCUGGAGGGGCCAAAGGGACCAAGAGGACAGCAGGGCACUGGAAUCAAAGGCGACAAGGGUGAGCUUGGGCCUCCAGGUUUACCAGGACCGAUUGGACUCCCAGGGCUUGGCAUUCAGGGAGAAAAGGGUGUUGAGGGUCCGAGGGGGCCUCCAGGAGGAAGAGGACCACCGGGAGAGGGUUUCCCUGGUUCCAAGGGAGAACAAGGUUUACCAGGAGAGAUGGGCACCCCGGGAGAGAGAGGGCAGGGCGAACCUGGACCAAAGGGUGAACCUGGUGCAUAUGGACUGGCUGGUGUACCUGGACUUCCUGGGGAGGACGGAGCUCCAGGACAAAAGGGUGAGCAUGGGGCAACAGGUUUGAGGGGAACUGAGGGGGCUCCAGGAAUUGGCACUCAAGGAGAGAAGGGAGAUCAAGGCCAAAGUGGCAUUCGAGGGUUGUCAGGUCCUCCUGGAAUAAGUGGCCCUUCGGGACCAAAGGGAGAGCCAGGUACGCCAGGAAGGCUGGGCAUGCCAGGAUUACCUGGACGAGCUCUUGCAGGAUCAAAGGGUGAGGUGGGUCCCGCUGGUCCUCCCGGACCAAUUGGAGAGACUGGUUACGGUCUGCCUGGUCCAAAGGGUGAUCGAGGUAACCCGGGACCGCCCGGACCAUUUGGGCCUAAAGGUGAAGGAUUCCCUGGUCCAAUGGGUCUGCCUGGUUUACCAGGACCAUCGGGUGAGCCCGGCCCUGAAGGCAUUGGUGUUCCUGGACCAAAGGGAGACAUUGGAUUCAGGGGUUUGCCUGGUUUGCCAGGACCACCUGGUGAAGGACUGCAGGGACCACCGGGCAACAUGGGAAGAUCAGGUCCUCCAGGACCACAAGGACCCCCAGGGGAAGGUAUUCAGGGACCCAAAGGCAACAUGGGAAGAUCAGGUCCUCCAGGACCACAAGGACCCCCAGGGGAAGGUAUUCAGGGACCCAAAGGUGAUCAGGGGGCUCCUGGAGUGACAGGGCCGAGGGGCCCAUCGGGAGAGGGACUUCCAGGCUCCAAGGGUGAUCGUGGUUUGCAGGGCGAGAGGGGCUUUAAAGGAAUGAAAGCUCUGGAGUCUAAACUGGUUAGCCAGUUCUGUGAGGAUGAGAACGGGGCCCUUUUCUUCAACCGGAUUACCAAUGGCUUGAACGGAAACAACGGAUACGGCUACAGCAACGGCCAAGAGGAUGUUUCCUCAUACAGGAAUAAUGUUUAUGGGAACCGAUUUCAGGAGAUUUCACAGGACAGAUCGCAGAGUCACAUGAGAGGCAGAGAACACGGCAUACCUCUUCCCAUCAACCCUGGCCCUCUCAAAGCACAGGUGGAGAAUGACUAUGAAGGUGAGGAUCUAGACAUAAAGACACAACCUCAAGGUGGCAGCACUGUUGCUGUUGUCAAUAAGACUGUCCAAGCUGUACAGCCAGGAACCUCUUCAUCAUCAUCAUCCUCUUCACCAUCAGUAUCAUUAUCUUCAUCAGUGUCAACACAUUCUACUUCAGUGAAUGUGAAUGCAAAGCCUCGUCCUGUAGUGAUAAAAGAAUCGGCUCCACUGGAUCCUCGAUGUUUGCUCGGUCUGAGUCAGGGCUCCUGUAGAGACUAUGUCAUUCGCUGGUACUACGACAAACAGGCAAACUCGUGUGCUCAGUUCUGGUACGGAGGCUGUCAGGGCAACGACAACCGCUUCCAGACGGAAGAAGGAUGCAAGAAAACGUGUGUCCUCACCACCAGCACAGCAGGCUAAACGGGAUGAAGAUCUACACUGAAUAGUGAUAAUGAACUUUAUGCUGGUGAUGGUGUGCACAUGCCACAGUGGUCACUUCUUUCUAUAAUAUCAUAAAACUGUUCCCUAACAUUAUGCUCAGGAUCUGGAGAAAAUCUUUAUGCAGAGCCCCAAAUAAAUCAGAAGAUUUUUUUUACAAGCAAGUACCUGAAACACGUGUUAUUAUGAAGCUUCAAACACACAUUUCUUAUAUUUCUCAGUAUCCUCUGAGAAUCUGUGCACUGCUCUGCAUGUGACGGUUGUGACGUGCAGAAAUAUUACUAACAACCUUCACUGGGAAUUGAUUGUAUAUAUGUUUUGUUUUAUUUAACAUUUAUAUACAAUUUAUGACUUGAGCAAAGCCACAGACAUAUUUAGUAGGUUGUAGAAAUGCCAUAAAUGAUGUUUUAGGGAUUUUAUGGGGAUAUUAUCAUUUU